CCUCUCAAUAAUCCACAUCUAGGGCAAGCUGGCUGAGAGGCAACCCAGUGCUCAGCUCCUCUCUGCCGGCUGAGAAAAAGAGGAGAGCGAAGACCCUUCUCAAAGCAGGACUAAAAACGAGAGAUUUUUUUCAACCAACUGGAAGACGACCAACGGAGGAUUUUCAUCUGCGGAUAUCAUUUAUUUAUACAUAUUGUUUAUAUAUCUAUAUAUAUAUUUGUACACACGCAUAUAGAUAUAGAUAUAUAUAUAUAAAUAUAUUAUAUAUUUAUAUAUAUAUACAUUUAUCUCUGUACAUAUCUGUAGCUGUGCUUGUCUGUUUAUAUGACUAUUUUUAUAUAUUUGUGUGUGUAAAUAUAUAUAUAUAUAUAUAUAUAUAUAUAUAUAUAUAAUAUUAUCAAAAUAUAUAUACAUACACCCAUGUGUGUAUGCAUAUAUCUAUGAAUAUAUUUGCGUAUCACUGUGAGGCAAGAGAAGCGAGAAGACAUUUUUGUCAUCAGGGCUGGUCUCUGAUUGCAUGGUGGCAUACAAUAUUUAAUAAUUUCCUUUGAUCUUCUACGUCAAGAGGACAAAGACUACGUGACCAUUUUGUAUUUUUGUGUUCCUGUGCUGCUCGUCAUCCAUUCAGAUCUCUAUUUUUUUUUUUUUUUUUUGCUAACAUCCUAGAGGAAUAAAGGCGUCGGUGGUGAGGAUUUGAUGAAAAGGAGCAAAUUUGUAGAAAUUCCUGCUAUUAGUGUUAUCUGUGUCGGCAUUAGCACUCUGUGAACCGAUCACAGAGUGCUCUGUGAGAUCUGAGGAGGCAGCAGAGACAGAGUGCCACGCCGCCCAUCUCAGCUUCAACCUAGCCAGCACAGCCAGCAUGCACAAACACCACCACUGCUGCAAGUGCCCAGAAUGUUAUGAGGUGACCCGUAUGGCUGCCCUGCGCAGGAUGGACGCCCCGGCAUAUGGAGGAGACUGGCAGGCCGAACCCUAUGGAUACCCACCAGGGUACGGAGGAGGACAGACCUUACCCCCUCCAGCCUCAGGGGGGGGUGGAAGCAUGGGUGGAGGAGGGGGCACUUUGGGAAGAAGUAAGGGGAAAAUGAUGUCUGGAGGAGGCCCUGGAGGCCCCAACCCAAAAGGCCAAUCCAAGAGUGGCCCAAAAGUAAAUGGUAACAACUCAAGUGGACAAGGAGGAUGGUGGCCUGAGUGCACCUGCACCAACCGGGAGUGGUACGACCAGGCCAACCCUCCCCCCAUUAUUGUCAACGCAGACUCACUAGAUGCAGGCCCUUAUGUAAACGGCAGUGAUGCGAUGUAUAAAUAUGAAGAGAUCAUUUUGGAAAGGGGGAAUUCUGGCCUGGGCUUUAGCAUUGCUGGAGGAAUAGACAAUCCUCACAUUCCAGAUGAUCCGGGGAUCUUCAUCACCAAGAUAAUCCCAGGAGGAGCAGCCGCUAUGGAUGGACGGCUGGGGGUCAACGACUGUGUGCUGCGUGUGAACGACGUCGAUGUGUCUGAGGUGGUUCAUAGUCGGGCAGUGGAAGCCCUGAAGGAGGCGGGGCCUGUUGUGAGGCUGCUGGUCCGACGGAGGCAGGCCCCACCUGAGACGAUCCUGGAGGUCAACCUGCUCAAAGGACCCAAAGGACUAGGGUUCAGCAUCGCUGGAGGGAUCGGGAACCAGCACAUCCCAGGAGACAACAGCAUUUACAUCACCAAGAUAAUAGAAGGAGGUGCUGCCCAGAAGGAUGGACGGCUGCAGACUGGAGACCGCCUGCUAGCUGUGAACAACAUUGUGCUGCAGGACGUUCGUCAUGAGGAGGCAGUGGCAGCCUUGAAGAACACCUCAGAUAUGGUUUACCUCAAAGUGGCGAAGCCAGGCCCGGUGCAUCUGAACGACAUGUACGCCCCCCCAGACUACUCCAGCAGCCUGGCCCUCCCUCCAGCCUUCCCGACAAUGGUGGACAACCACGUCAGCCAUAACUACAUGGGGGCAAUGGAGCCAAAGCCAGUGUACGCGCCACCCCAGGUCACCCCGUCCAGGUACUCGCCCGUCCCACGCCACAUGAUGGGGGAGGAAGACUUCACAAGCAGGGCUGAGCCUAUUUACAGUGUCAUCCACAAACCUGGGGAUAGCAAGGUACCCCAGGCCCUCAACAGAGGCUUCUGUUCUUCCCCCGCUCCCUUGUGCCAAGGUCCACUCCCCUUCUCUAGCAGGGAGCCGAGGAAGGUGGUGCUGCACAAGGGCUCCACAGGUCUGGGCUUCAACAUCGUCGGUGGAGAGGAUGGAGAGGGGAUCUUUGUCUCCUUUAUCUUGGCUGGAGGACCUGCUGACCUGAGUGGAGAGCUGAGGAGGGGCGACCGCAUUCUUUCAGUAAAUGGAGUAAAUCUUAGGAAUGCCACACAUGAGCAGGCGGCAGCAGCCUUGAAGAGAGCAGGCCAAACCGUCACCAUCAUUGCGCAAUACAGGCCUGAAGAAUAUAGUCGCUUUGAGUCCAAGAUCCACGACCUGAGGGAGCAGAUGAUGAACAGCAGUAUGAGCUCAGGCUCGGGAUCCUUACGCACCAGCGAGAAGCGCUCCCUCUAUGUCAGAGCUCUGUUUGACUACGAUCGAACAAGGGACAGCUGCCUACCUAGCCAAGGUCUGAGCUUCUCCUACGGGGACAUCCUUCAUGUCAUAAAUGCAUCCGAUGAUGAGUGGUGGCAGGCGAGACUUGUCACUCCUCAUGGAGAAAGCGAGCAGAUUGGAGUCAUUCCAAGCAAGAAAAGAGUGGAGAAGAAGGAGCGGGCCAGAUUAAAAACCGUCAAGUUCCACGCCAGGACAGGCAUGAUUGAGUCUAACAGGCCAGUCAAAGUAAAGCGCAAAAAAAGUUUCAACCUUUCACGCAAGUUCCCGUUUUACAAGAGCAAGGAGAAUAUUGCAUACGAGUUGGUGGAUCCAGAACAAUGCCUGACGUCCAACACAAGUGACAGCGAAAGUAGUUCCAAGGGUCAAGAAGACACUAUUCUUUCUUAUGAGCCAGUCAUCCGACAGGAAAUUCACUACACGAGGCCUGUGAUCAUUUUGGGCCCAAUGAAAGACAGAGUAAAUGAUGACCUCAUCUCAGAGUUCCCCCACAAAUUUGGUUCAUGUGUACCCCAUACGACCCGCCCAAGGAGAGAAAACGAGAUGGAUGGUCAGGACUACCACUUUGUAGCCUCAAGAGAGCAAAUGGAGAAAGAUAUUCAAGACAAUAAGUUCAUUGAGGCUGGCCAGUUUAACGAGAACCUCUAUGGGACGAGCAUCUUGUCUGUCCGAACUGUGGCAGAAAGGGGGAAACACUGCAUCCUGGACGUGUCUGGAAAUGCCAUAAAACGACUGCAGCAAGCACAACUUUAUCCAAUUGCCAUCUUUAUAAAACCAAAAUCCAUUGAAGCUCUAAUGGAAAUGAACAAGAGGCAGACGUACGAUCAAGCCAACAAAGUGUUUGACAAGGCAGUAAAGCUGGAGCAAGACUUUGGAGAGUUUUUCACCGCUAUUGUCCAGGGUGACUCGCUAGAGGAAAUCUACAACAAAAUCAAGCUCAUCAUCGAGGAGCAGUCUGGGCCCUACAUCUGGAUCCCCUCCUCAGAGAAGCUCUGAGCUCCCUGCCGCUCUCUCUGCGUUAGUGCGGAGCUCCCCCUCUUCCUCCUCUCCCCCCAGAGACCCCAACCACACGCCCACAUAGCCCCCUCCUCGCCUCCUUUUUGCAGAUAUGUUUCAUAUCAAGUUUUAGUGUCAUCAUUAUGUUACUCUCUAAAUGAAAAAGAAGUCUUAUCACCAUUACUGUGACUGUGCACACCCCUGCAUGAGUUCUCAACAAAAUCCAUACAAGACUAGAAAUGCCAUCCAAAGGAAUCUGUCAAAGAAAUCAAAAAGGGAAAAAAAAGAACAAAUCCUGUUGUAAACUGGGGCUGCCUGGAGAUCAGUACGAUGCGCCGAUGUCUGGACACGAGCAGGGAUUUUAGAAGAGGUGGCAGGAGAAGAAAGACGAAUCACACCAAGUUUGAACACUGUAAAUGUUCAUCAAGUCAUAUUCAAAGACGAGGUGAGAAGCUGAAGGUUUGGCUUUCUUUCUUUUGUGCUUUUCUAAACAGACUGGAUGAAAUGGAGCCCUGCUGAUGGUACUGUUGUCUCUUGUUUAUACUGAGCGGAGAAGCCUGAAGAAACUGGUGAUUCGCAAACCGGCUUGCUGUUUGUCUGCCAGUUGUCUGUGCCGCAGCAGAUAAAGACACUGAAAGGCAGAUCAAGUGGAAGAAAUGUGUUGUGAAUCUCUACAUUUAUAUUAUAAAAAAUCAUAAAAUAAAUGAUAAAUUCUACUGAGAUUUUACCGCAUAUUAAGAGUACACAUUUUACACUUCACUAGAAAUUGUCAAUCUGGGGGGCUGUGAGAUUUUAUUUCUUCUUUUAAGUUUUUUUUUUUUUUUUUGCUUGUGGUUUUUAGCUGCUCUGUGAAGGAUGGAGGUAGAGACGUGUAUCUGGGCUCUCUGCAAAACACCAAACUGCCUUACAUCAAAUACAAAUUCUGUUUUGUGACUACCUGUUGUCUGUGAGGAAAGCUGCAAACGGCUGAUGAGAUAACAGAAAGGAGCAUUUUUCUCUGCAUUAUUUUGAGUCCUGCAGCUGUAGGGAGGCCUGAUGUUGAGUGCAAUAGAUUAAAGCGAGUCUCACCCCUGUGGGCAACUUUCCUCUUCCCUGUUUUCAAUCUUUAUCCUCUGUAAUUUCUAAAUCUGGAUUAAAUUUAGACAGCCGAAGGCGUCUAACUCCUGUUUAGCAGCAGACCACCCUCUUACACUCUCUGCCUUUCCAGAGGAUUCACUUAAGAUUGGUGACAUGGUACUGUCCUAUCUGCCGCCAUUGUGGCGAACUUAAAACGGGUAGAACAAGACAACAAUUGUAUUGGAUGUUCUUAAAGUCAAAUAGUUAUAACCUGUUUUGAAUUGUCCCCCUACCAUAAAAACACUAAAGCUGUGUUUGAGUAAAACUUGA